CUGAUUUUAUAAACUACAUUGUACUUUCAUGCUUUGGGAUAAUUAAAUUUGUCAUCGUCUCAUUGUGCUGACGAUAUCAGAUAUCUGGAAUAUUUGGCAGGUCACUGUCAUUAGUCAUUAGUUUUGUUCGAUGACAACAUCCAGAUCUGCAGCAGCAAAAUACAUCAGAGAGUAGAGGGAUUCACGUGAUGCUCACGAUGACACGAACUAUGUUCUGCUGGUAGGUAGGUUGGUAGCUGGUGGAGCUCGCCUGGUUCCCGUGCCUGUACGGCUGUAGUGGACAGCUCAAUGCCAGCUGGAAAGAAAAGAAGUGCUGGACGAACGCAGGUGUAGCUCUACUGGACUUUUUCAUCUACGUUGUAGUUUGACCAUUGGGCACCUAGCUAUGGAGAAAUAUUAUUUGAAUUCGUAACAUCAUUUUCCUCUUGUAGCCAGUGAGUGCAGUGAGGUCGAACGGCCAAGAUGGCGUGGACGACUAGUCUGUGCAUGGUAUUGUGCAUGGCGUUUAGUGUGCAAGGGUUUGGACUGCGUGACAAUCCAGUAGAAGGUGACGACGUUCAGUACUUGGAUGGCUCUUGGAUUGCCACACAUCAGAUGUCUGGUCCGGUGAAGAGUUGUCAGUUUACUGAGAACAUGGAUUACAACGUUGGCGAGACGUCUAGUGGUAGUGCCCCAGCCAGCAAUCAGCAAGACUGCUGUACACUGUGCGGUCAGAGAGACGACUGCGUAAUCGGUGUUUACCAUAGUAGCACGUGCUGGUUCAAAACUGCGCAGGAUGUUGCCAAGCCGAUGCCGCAAGAUGGCCGAGUGGCAUGCAAGCCUCAGCGAUCACCAGGAUCAACCAUUGCACUGUCCAAUGCCACUGUUCCUGGAGAUUUGAUCACGGACUUGGAGAUGGCUGGAAAAGUGGGUGAUCCGCUGUACGAACUCAACUUCAAGAACGCCACCCUAUGGGGCUUCGGGGUGUGGAACUACACCAAGACUAUCAAAUUUACCGACAUGGACGUGAAAAACAUUGCUGGAUAUUCUACGGCGGGCAGUGAUGUUGUCCUGGUGUUUGACGGCAUCAAGAUGGGAGCCAACAUUUACAUGAACGGAAAGCUGUUGGGUACGGCUAAUGAUCAGUUCCUUCGAUACAAUUUCUCCCUGGGCCAAGCUAUGAACAGCGGCAAUGGUGGCAAUGGUUUGCAAGUGCAAGUAGGUGAUAACAAACUGGUCGUGUCGUUUGAUGCGAGCAUCGACACCGGCGGUCGCUUCAUGGCCUGCACCGGUGGCUGGGACUGGGCGCCGUACACCACGACGUUGGAAAGCUCAACCAAUUCGGCCACGUUCACGCGUGGCAUCUGGAAGAGCGUGUAUCUCGUGACCGUCAACGGAGGCGGCGCCGCUAUUGAGCACGUCAUACCGCAGAUCUUCUACACCGGUCCGUAUCCGACUGCGCCGCUCCCUGCCAACGAGCAUAGCGACUUCAAGGUCGAUGUCAUCGUCAAGUUCUAUGCACCGCGCGCCAGUGAGGGGACACUGAGUGUACAUGGUGAGUGGGGUUCGUCGGAGCAUCAACACAUCUCGCUGACAGCGGGCAGUGGAGUUAGCCACACCGUCAGUCUCACGGCGUCGGCGAAGAACAUCUCACUGUGGUGGCCAUCCGGACUGGGGCCUCAACCGCUUUACACUAUUGCCGUAUCCUACACGGCUGAUAGUGCGCAUCAUACUCAUGACGACACUAAUGCUGAUGCCACUGCCGUGUCAACCAUUCGGAAAGUUGGAUUCCGGUACGUUGCCCUGGUAACUGGCAACGACACAGACCCAAGCUAUGUGAAGAAAGCAUCGACGUCGCAGACAACGGCAGAUUUUGGCAUGUACUUCAGAGUGAACGGAGCUGUUGUCUUCAACCGCGGUGCCAACAUGAUUCCGAUGGAGGAGCUGGAGGGGCGUAUGAAUGCAGUGGCGUUCUCCCGUCUGGUCCAAAGUGCCGUUGAUGGUCGUAUGAACAUGUUACGUGUGUGGGGUGGUGGUAUAUUCCUACCUGACAUCUGGUAUGAUGAGUGUGAUCGCCUUGGUAUCAUGGUCUAUCAUGACAUGCAGUAUGCACAGAAUGGACACUCUCCCAGCAAUAAUCCCGUCCAGGACGCCGAGCUUCGUCACCAGAUCCGCCGCCUGUCUCACCACCCCUGCAUUGUUGUCUGGGACGGUUGCAACGAAUGUCGCGUCAAGAUGGGAACAGCCACCGGUAUCUACGCUACGUUUGUCAUGACGGUUGUCAUGCAAGAGGACAAAUCACGACCAAUCUGGCCAUCUUGUCCGGCUAUCGGCUGGACAGCUGGAGUUCAUGCACUGGACGCUACACCCACUGGUGACGUUCUCACUACACCUAACGAUGCAAGGUCUAUUGAAACUCACGGUCCGUAUCAACAUGGCGGUGGGUUUCCUUCCGUCAAUGGUGACAACAGGUUGGUUCUCUUCCCCUCCAACAUCCCCAUCAAGGUGAGCCAAAUAGACACUGGUGUUGCUCUACAGAAUGUUUUUGCAUCGGAGUUUGGCUGCUCGGUGUUCAGUUCGUUUGAGUCGAUGUCCCCUACCCUCCAUCCCAGUCACUGGGGUGUGCAUGCCGGACUGCCCCCGGAUAACUGCACGGGCGGCUUCCAUAGCCGUUGCUCUGGCAACAAUCCAAUGGCGGAGAGGAACUACGCAUGUGACAAUAUCAUCCAAGUAUAUUUCGGAGAGAACGACAAACUGGAUAGUGUCGGCGAGGCCAUCUUCAAGCAGCAGCUCUACCAUUGCAUCCUUGGACAGGCACUGGUAAUCAAGAGUAACAUUGAAACACGCCGCUCUACCAACCAGUUUGGCAUAGUUGUGUGGCAGUACAAUGAGAUUUGGCCUACUGGUGGUUGGGGUAGCAUAGAGUAUGGUACACCAAGACCUGGACAAGUCAUCGGUGGAAGAUGGAAACCUCUGCAUUACUUCUAUCGCCAGUCUAUCUUCACGGAUGUAACAGUUGCUUGUGGUGGUGAUGGCCUGUGUUAUGUCAAGAAUGACAUUGCUAAAGCGUUCAGCGGCACCGUGGUCAUUUCAGCCAUUGCAUUUGCAAACGCACAAGUGACAACGCUUGAAAGUAAAACAUUGAGUCUGGCUACUGGACCUGGUGUCACCGAGUGGAUUCAAGUGGACUUCUCCAAGAUCAAUCCUCCUGAUCAAGUCAUCACAGCUACCAUUAUGAAUGCUGACAAGGAAGUAGUGUGUGAUAAUGUUAUUCCACUGACUGAGCCGUACAAGAUGAAGUUACUCAAGGCUAACGUGAAGGUGUCGGUAGGUUCCAAAAAUCCUGGAGGCAGUGUUGAUAUUCAUCUUACAACAGAUCAUGUAGCUAUGUAUGUAACUGUAACUACAUUGGCUGCUGGUCGCUUCAGUGACAAUGCUCUUCUUCUCCUUCCCGCCGGCAAAACAGUUCAGUUCCUGCCAUUCAGUGACACGGUUGAUAUGUCUUUGCUGCAGUCUUCCAUUCGUGUGGAAGACGUCUCUGUCUAUAUGUGAGUGUUUUUGGCUUGGUUUCUUUUCUUCUUUGAUUUUGCUUGGCAAAUUUUUGCUUAGUCUGUAUUUGGAAACCGAUUGUUUGAAAUGGCACUAUUCGCCUGUCCGCUUCUGAGGAAUUUUAAAAAACAUGUUUUACUAUGUUCCCCCUUUCCCCUGUUAUCUGCCCCUUUCCCCUGUUAUCUGCCCCUUUCCCCUGUUAUCUGCCCCUUUCCCCUGUUAUCUGCCCCUUUCCCCUGUUAUCUGCCCCUUUCCCCUGUUAUCUGCCCCUUUCCCCCUUUCCCCUGUUAUCUGCCCCUUUCCCCUGUUAUCUGCCAUUCCCCCUUUCCCCUGUUAUCUGCCCCUUUCCCAUUUCAUUGCAAAUACUAGUAGUAGUCUUCUUUUAUGUAGGUGUAGCUGGUCAUUGUUUAGGUCGGAGAUCAAUCGUGUAGUUCCGAUUAGUCAUUUUGAUUUAGAGUGUUCCGUUGAUUACGAGUAUGUGACCUCACUCCCAGUCACUGUUCCUAUCAACAGCUUAACCUUUGAGUGGAAUGCUGGCAUUUCAAUUCUUGUUUUGACGUCGUAUUCCUGUUUUUGUGUAACAGCGUAUUGUAGUAGUGUAGUGUUUGUGUUGAAUUAGUCGUCGAACAGUGUGAACAAAUACUUGGUCUAGA